AUGCAUCGUCUUUUUGCUGAGCUGGAGCCAUCUUUAACCGUCACAGAGCAAAACCUGGCAGACCGAGUUCGGUAUAUCUUGCGCUCAAAUAUAUUUGAUGUCGCCGAACUCGAACGGCUACGACGUGAGGCUGUUCCCUCGUCGGAUGAGAAUGCUACGGCUGAGGAUGCGGCGCCACAAAUGGUAGAGCAACCCGCAAACGUGGAUGCCGCCGUGAAUACCCCAGUUGUGGUUGAUUCAAACGAUGAUGGAACAGUCUCCCAGGAACUGGAAUUAGAGUAUAUGAGGAGUACAUUGGAAGAGGCGAUUGUGGAAACGCGCAGUACGCCUCUCGAAAAUCGACCGCGACUUCCCCGCAUAGCCCCAAGCAAGCGGAAUCGGGCUGUCGUGAGGGCUCUGAACCCAAUGCUGGUGACCUAUUUGGAAGCCAGCCGGGACCUUUGCGAGACGGACUCAAUUCUUUUUGGCGCCGCGCUGGCAGUCUGCCGUAUCAUAGGCGCCAAGGUUUCCACGGCUGGACGCGCUACUGGCCAUAGUAGCGCUAUCCCAGCAUGGAGAAGAAGAAUUGAGGAACGUAUCGCAAAGGCUAGAGCUCUCAUCGGCAGAAUGAUAUGCUUCAGAUCAGGCAACAACAGGCCAAGAAUUGUGCGUACCGUCAGGAUGGCGUUUGCUGGGACAAAUGUCAGUUUUUCCCAGCCGGAUAUAACGCAAAAACUGACGGAGCGCAUAGAUGAUCUGAAGCAGAGAAUCGCUGCUUGGGGAAAGCGGAUUCGGCGAUAUACCGAGAGGUCGACACGGUUCAACCAGAAUCGUCUCUUCCAGAGUGAUCAGAAGAGGCUCUAUGAAUCAUUGGAGCGAGCAAUGGUAAGUGGAACGGGUCCAGCACCGAAUCAGGCCGACACUGUAGCAUUCUGGUGCGGCCUGUGGUCAGAGCCCGUAAACCACAUCGAGGGCCCUUGGACGGAAGUUGUGGCGAGUCAGUGUGCGGGUAUUACGCCCAUGGACCCCGUCAUCAUAACGCCGGAUGACGUAGCUGAGGCGGUCCGUAGGGCCCCGAACUGGAAAAGUCCGGGGCUUGACGGGCUGCAUCACUACUGGCUGAAGGGGUUCAUGAACCCAACCAGAUGA